ACGACAUCGACGCCGGCACGCAAUCAGCCCGCAAAGCAGCAGCAGCAGCAGUAGCAGGAGGCACCCGAUCCCCCAGCCCGGCCGGGGUGUCGGCCUACCUGCUCGCCCAGCGACGUACCUUCCCUGUUCGUGGGUGUAUCUGUGAGAGGGAGGGAGAGAGAGGAGAAGAAGAGGAUAGGAGAGGAUGGCCCGUAAAGGGUCCAGCAAGGUCCGGACAGGCUGCAUCACAUGCAAGGUUCGCAAGGUCAAGUGCGACGAGACCAGCCCAGCAUGUCUGCGCUGCAUCAAGGCCGGCCGCACCUGCGAGGGCUACCGCACAUCCAAGCGCGCGGGUAACCAGGCCAAUCCUGCUUCGGACUCGACAUCGUCAAGUUCGUCUGCCUCUGGCCGCCCAUGGCCGGAUCAUCAGCAUCAGCAGCAGCACCACAGACCGGCCAACCGGAUGCUCCUGCCUAAGCGCAGGACCUCACUGACGACAACGACAACGACGACAACAACAACACAAUCCGUCGCAUCGUCAUUGUUCCUCUCCUCCCUCGACGCGCACCCGCCGUCGCUCAUGCCCUUGACCUCCAAGCAGGCGUUGUACUUUGACGUGUACCGCUACAAGAUUGCCCCGCGGUUCCCGGACCGCGAGUUCUGGCGACGCAUCGUGCAGCGCGAGAGCGUGUCCGACACGAGCGUCCGGGACAUUGUGGUGGCCCUGGGCGCCAUGUGGGUGGCGCUCGACCGGGAAAAGAGCCUCUGCCUGGCCGCCCCGGCGUCCUGUCCCCGGUGGGAAAGUAGCAGCAGCAGCAGUAGCAGCGGGCGAGAAGUGUCCAACAGCGACGGGGAUUCCCCAAGAGAGACGGGAUCGCCAUCGUCCCCGAUGCUGGCAGUAUCGGCGUCCCGCGACCCGACCGUGGCGGCCAACCUCCGCGAGGCGGCACGGCACUACGCCCGCGCCAUGUCUGCGUUCCGCAGCCGCCUCGGUCGGCAGGGCGCCGCCAUGUCGCCCCGGAGCAUCUUCAUCGCGACAUACCUCUUUGUCGUCUACGAGCAGAUCCAGGGCAACACGGCCGAGGCGGACCGGCUGCUCAUCUACGCAAUCAGCAUGCUCAAGAGGCACUUGGCCGUGUUUCGGCCGCCUCAGUUGACGCAGACGACGACGCCGCCGAUGACCAAGCUGUCGGGCCCGGGCGAUGAUGCGGCGGGAUCGUCGUCGUUGUCGUCGUCGUUGCUGGCGAACGAGCAACCUUUGCUGUCGUCGUCGCCGGGCCUUGCCGCGCCGAGUGACGAUGGCGGGUUGAGAGAGGCAGAGCGCUGCUUUGUACACCUGGCGACCGUGUAUCCCGCCGGCCAGCGCAUCCACGGCGGAGUCGAGGGCAUCGGCGGAGAACUGGCCAGGCAGCUCCUCGACUCGCGCGUGCCCGCGCUGGACGAGCCCGUGGACCAUAUCCUCGGUGAGUGGGACCUGUUCAUCUCGAGGGCCGGGCUGUGGUUGUUUCGCCUCAUCCCCCCAGCGCCAUCACAACCGUCAACACAUAACCUUUUGGCAGACCCGGUAGGGGUAGAGUCUCCCGGACCCCCACGAAAGACAUCAUCAUCAUCAGCAGCAGCAGCAGCAAGCAUCGCGAUCGAAAAUGUCCGGCAGGUCCUCCUGGCCAAGCACGCCCAUUGGGCCAAGCUCUUUGAGCACAAGCUCGCGGAAGGCCAGGAGACGGACUCGCAGCGCCGCACGACCCUCGCCACGAUAGGGCUCUGCCAGAUGAUGUCGUUCAUGUGCUUCUCGUGCGUGUUCGACGCGAGCGAGAUGGCGUGGGACGCCUUCAUCCCGGACUGCAAGACGGUGCUCGCGGCGCUCGAGGCCGACUUUGGCCCCGGCGGCGUCGCUGAGCACGCCGCGAUCGGGGACAGCCCCAUCGCGCAGUACUACGAGAGCCUGCGGUUCUCGGUGCUCAACCCGCUGUACUUUAUCGCGCAGAAGUGCCGGCACGCCGAGACGCGCAGGGGCGCGCUGGUCAUGCUCCGGGGCCUCGCAAAGAUGGACGAGAGCUGGCACGUCAAGCUGCUGGUGGCCGGGUGCGAGGCGCACGUCACGGCCGAGGAGCGCGGGAGGGACCCGGAGACGGGCGAGAUCCCGGCCGGCGCGAGGUUCGCGUGGACGACGUAUGCGUGGAAUGGGGACCGGACGAGAGUGCUGAUGACGCUCACGCCGGCGGUGGUGCCGUCGUCGUCGUCGUCGUCGCUGGGUGCGGAUGGUGGGAAGACGAAGAGCAAGAAAGCACGGGUCGUUUGUGUGCGGCCAGACGAGGUUUUCCAAGGCCAUGCUACCUAAAGCACCUAAGUAGGCAGGAGUAGAGCACGAGUGGUCUCACUCGGGCACACACAAGCAAGCAAUCUUUCACCGUUCUGCUUCAUUGAAU